AUGGCCAGAAUCUCAAUUUCGCCGUUCCAUCAAACGAUCUCAAGGAAUUGCUCGCUCGAGUCAGGGAAGACGAAACCUUUGUGGCAGGGCAAACAAUCCAUAUCCGCCGAAACGCAUCUCAGGUGGGGCUAUGCCAAGUACAGAUUAGAUCAAUAUCAGGCUGCCAUUGAUGAUUAUAAUGCCGCUAUCAACCUCAAACCCGAUUUCGCCUCUGCCUACUACUUCCGGGGAACUGUGAAGCGAUCGUUGGGUCAGUACAAGGAGGCGAUCGAAGAUUACGACACCGCUAUCAACCUCAAAAGCGAUUUUACUUUCGCCUACUAUUUUCGGGGAACGAUAAGGGGCGACCUAGGCGAACACUUCAUCGCCAUCCAAGACUAUGACAAAGCAAUCCGUUUCAAACCCGACUACGCCUUCGCCUACCUCAGACGGGGUAUUGCGAAUUACUUGUUGGACCGCACUUGGGCGGCAAAGAAAGAUUGGAACAUUGCACUGGAACUCGCGGAACAGACGGGUAAUAAGAGCCUCAAAGCCAAAACUGAAAAACUUCUUAAGCGAGUUGAAUAG